GGCGCCUUGCCGGGAAAGGCCUGGUCAGCUGUGUCCGGAGGAGGCAGCUGCUGACCCAACUGCGGACUGUGCCAAAGGUGGAGGAAGGGGAGGGGCAGGAGCUCUGGGCCCCCGGUGGCGGGGGCUGCAUCAUGGAUCACCUCAGGGCGCCCCUGUGGCCUGGAGUCGGCUCCCUGUGUCUCCUGCUUGCUGGAGUCGCCUGGGCUCCUCCACCCAACCCCCUGAGUCCCAAGUUCGAAAGCAAAGCGGCCCUGCUGGCGGCCCGCGUGCCCGAAGAGCUUCUGUGCUUCACCGAGCGGUUGGAGGACUUGGUAUGUUUCUGGGAGGAAGCAGCAAGCGCCGGGAUCGGCCCCGACAACUACAGUUUCUCCUACCAGCUCGAAGGUGAGCAGUGGAAGCCGUGCCGCCUGCACCAGGCGGCCGCAGGCCGUGGAGCUGUGCGCUUCUGGUGCUCGUUGCCUACGGACGACACAUCGAGCUUCGUGUCCCUGGAGCUGCGCGUAACAGCAGCCUCCUCGGGAGCUCCACGCUACCGCCGUGUCAUCCAGAUCAACGAAGUGGUGCUCCUGGACCCCCCAGCAGAGCUGGAAGCACGGCGGGCGGACAAGGGCGGCCACGUGGUACUGCGCUGGCUCCCACCGCCUGGGGCCCCUAUGGCUAGCCUUAUCCGCUACGAGGUGAACAUCUCUGCAGGCAGCGCAGCAGGGGGAGCGCAGAGGGUAGAGAUCCUGGAUGGCCGCACAGAGUGCGUGCUGAGCAACCUGCGGGGCCGAACGCGUUACACCUUUAUGGUACGCGCGCGUAUGGCCGAGCCGAGCUUCGAUGGCUUUUGGAGCGCCUGGUCGGAACCUGCGUCGCUGCUGACCGCUAGUGACUUGGACCCCCUCAUCCUGACGCUCUCUCUCAUCCUCGUGCUCAUCCUACUGCUGCUGGCCGUGCUCGCCCUGCUCUCCCACCGCCGGACUCUGAAGCAGAAGAUCUGGCCUGGCAUCCCAAGCCCUGAGAGUGAGUUUGAGGGCCUCUUCACCACCCACCAGGGUAACUUCCAGCUGUGGCUGUACCAGAACAACAGCUGUCUGUGGAACCCCUGCACCCCAUUCACAGAGGACCCACCCGCCCCCCUGGAAGUCCUCUCUGAACGCUGCUGGGGGGUGACACAAGCAAUAGAGCGAGGAGCAGAUGAUGAGGGGCCCCUGCUGAAGCCAGUGGGCAAUGAGCAUGCCAAGGAGACCUACCUGGUGCUGGACAAGUGGUUACUGCCCCAGAGCCCACCCAGUGAGGACCCCCCAAGGCCUGGUGGCAAUUUGGACAUAGCAGCCUUGGAUGAAGGCUCAGAAGCGUCCUCCUGCUCAUCAGCUUUGGCCCUAAAACCAGAAGGGGCCUCGGCUGCCAGCUUUGAGUACACCGUCCUGGACCCCAGCUCCCAGCUCUUGCGCCCAAGGGCACUGCCUCCUGAGCUGCCCCCCACCCCACCCCACCUAAAGUACCUGUACCUUGUUGUGUCGGACUCUGGCAUCUCAACUGACUACAGCUCAGGGGACUUCCAGGGAGCCAAGGGGGGCUCAUCCAAUGGCCCCUACUCCAACCCUUAUGAGAACAGCCUUGUCCCAGCCCCCAAGCCUACACCCCGCCACCUACACAGCCUGCACCUAGGACUCUAGUCCUCAGAUGCUUGGGGACCCAGCAUGACUUCAAGUGCUAGUGCAGGCCCAAGACUCAUGGGGUAGUCGGCAAGGCCUCCCUCAGGACUAGGGGCAUUGCUGACCUUGGCUUCGUGCCCAUUCCAUCCUGCUCAGGUCACAAACUUACAGUAUUUUUAAAUGUAUAGGUGUGUGCGUGUGUGUGUGUAUAAGCCCCAUCUUUCUUGGGCCCAGGCCAUAAGGGCAGCAGUAAAAGGCUGCAAACUCAGUCUAAAAUUCAGAACCUGGAAAUCUGAAUAAUAAUCAUAAUGAAAUGAAUUAGUCAGUAUAAGUUAUGCCAGCUGCCAUAAAAAACAACUCCUAAAUCUGAGUGAUUUAACACAUAGGUGGUUUCUCUCUCAUAUUUCAAUUGAAAGCAGCCAUUCCUGAGAUGAGUAAGAAGCCCAGACUCUUCCAGUCUGUAGCUUCACUAUCCCCGAGGCCUAGCCUGGAGUCUUUAGGUGGGUCCUCUGCAUCCUGUCAGCCUACAAGUAAAGAGAGAACCGGAAGAUUCUGUGGGCUGUUUAGGGAUCCAGCCUAGAAGUGGGUUCCAUCUCUUCACAAAUUCCGUUGGCCAGAAAUAGUCACAUGACCCCAGCUAGAACCAUGGAUGGAUGGGAAAUGUAAUUUAGCUGUGCACCCAGGAAGAAGAAAGCUGUUUAAUGGGCCUCUAGCUUGUCUCUGCCACCAAUAAUAACAAUAAUUCAUAGGGCUUUAUUUUAUAUCAGGCCCCAUUCUAAGAAAGUACACUGAUGACACCAAAUGUGAUCAAGCGGUUCAAUGGGAGUGCAGGUUUAACCAUUUUUUAAAAGUUUGACAUAACCUAGGAAAGUUGAACAUAUGCAUACCUUCUGCUCCAGCAAUUCCAAUUCUAGGUUUAAAUCCUAAAAACCCUCACACACAUACGCCAGGACAUGUGUGCAAGAAUGUUCAUAGCACUAAA